CUGGGGGAGUCGGCGACGUUGCCGUUUCGCUCAAACCGGCGGUCGCCACGAGGAGAGUCCGCUGCUCCGAUAGAGCCACGACCGGAGCUCCGUUCCACAGUCGCUUUUUGCAUCUGACGCGCGGCGGGUGGAUGCAGCCGGCCACCGGGAGCGCGAUAUAUAUGAACGUGUCAUGUGACACACGGUGACAAGUGGUGCGCGCUACGGCGUUGCUGCACACGACGCCCGACACGAACGGGGACGGUUAUCGAGACGAAUAGAAGGAGAACGAGAAGGCGUGACAAAGAAAAAAAGAAAGAAAGAAAGAGAGAAAGAGAGAGAGAGAGAGGGAGAGAGGGAGAAGGGGUAGGGAAUAAGAGACGAAAGAAAAUAAACCGUUUUUGCGUGUAUAUCCUCCGUGCGUGCGUGCAUACGUGAGAUCACCGGUGUCGGUUUAACGUUGUUGAUGGAUUGAUAUUUCUCUGCGGUUCUCUUGUGGUGCUCCUUGUCCCGGUGCCAAUACGGUACGGUACAGGUGAGCGCAAUUAUGUUACCGGCGCGAUACGACGGCAACAUUAACGGACAACGACACGUUACUAAUACCAUCUUCGAAUCAUCAUUCAUCAUCAGCGUCAAUAUCGUCGUCGUCGGACACGUCAGGAGACUCCUCGACAUACCCGUCGUCGUGAAACACGGUGCCGUUGGAUUCCUCGUGAACGGUUAGGCUCCAAGAGCUCUCUUCUCCUCUUUGUGUUACUAUCCGUCUCGCUUUGUCCUUGGGAGCGAAAUAUUCGGGGUAGUCUGCGGGGAACACGACCGUGAUUCUCGGUCUUAGGAAUGCGGGAGCGGGUGGUGAGGGAAAGCGAUGGUCUGCGCUCGAGGUGGUUGAUCUUUCUGGUCGCGGUGGUAGCAGUGGUACGAGUCACGGGUGCAGCUUCAAACAUACUGUCGUCGGUCACGAACACGUCGUCGCUAUCGUCGUCGGCCACAUCUUUGCAAAUAAAAUGUCCUGGUGGUUGCGAGUGCACAGACAGCAGCAACGGCGGCAUCCUGGUAUGCGUGGAGCGCAGUUUUCUCGGUCUUGGCUUGCCCCGAGACGUCACAAACGUGUUGCUGAAGAAUGUUCAAGCGGCUGCGAUUCCAGUGUCCGCCUUAGAGGCAUCUACCAACUUGCAAAGUCUGGUUUGGACGUCAAGCGGCAUCGAGAGUGUAGAAUCUGGUGUGUUCCGCAUCACCACGCAUCUCGAGCGACUCGACCUAGGUGAUAAUCGGCUGUCCGAGCUGCCAUCGGACGUCUUCCAUCCAUUGCAUCAACUUCAGUACCUGAACCUCACCGGAAACCGGUUAGCCGCGUUGCCGCAGCUGCUGUUUGACGGCCUGAAUUGUCUCCAGGAGAUUCGUCUGGCGGCGAAUCUGCUCUCCGUAUUGCCUUAUCAGGCGUUCGCGCCCGCCAGGGAGCUUAUGCGACUCGAUCUCAGCAGUAACCUAUUGGUUUCGCUGCCGGAUCAUAGCUUUCAACCGAAUCAACAACUGCAGGAGCUACGAUUGGCCGGCAACCGGUUGACCAAGCUGCCAUCUCGGUUAUUCUCCGGCUUGACUCAACUAAAAGUGCUCGAUCUCGCUAAUAAUGAGAUCGACACGCUGCCUCGUGGCCUUUUCAGCGAUCUCAUGACCUUGGAGCACCUCGACCUUAAGAACAAUCCAAUCGCACGUCUCGCCGACACCGCGUUUCAAGGCCUCGCCAAUCUACGAUGGCUUAGCCUGAGUCAUCUGCCGAUCUCAUCGCUGCCUGCGGAGGUCUGGCGACCCAUUAGCAGACUAAGGACUCUCUUGUUAUCCGAGACUAAACUGGAAAACCUCCGGAAUGAGAAUUUGGCGGGUCUGAUCGAGCUCGAGACUCUGGAGAUCAGGAACAGUCCGUUGCGCGAGAUCGGUCGAUUGACUCUUAACGAGACGCCAUCUCUACGUAGAAUCGACUUGCGGAAUAACGAUCUAACUUUCCUACCGGCGAAUGUGGCGAAUCUGCCGCUACUAAAUGAAUUGCAGCUACAGGGCAACCCGUGGGCUUGCGAUUGUCGUAUGUUCUGGUUCGUCAAAUGGGCGGAGAGCAGAACGCAUCUACAAACGGCUUUCCAGAGUGGAUUCAAAUGCGGCCAUAAAGUGGGUGGUACUGUAGACACCCUGCAGACGUUGCGUUACCUCAAGUGUAGUCCACCAAUCCUAGUACGAGCUACCAAUACCCAACAGCAUCUCCUCCUGAGCUCGGUGUUGCUGGAAUGCGAGUUCAUCGGGAAUCCUGCGCCCUCCUUGACCUGGGUCACUCCGAAUGGUCUAGUUUUUCACUGGAUGCCGGACCCGGCCUUUCCCGAUGCCUUCGUCGAGCAUCCGCCUGUACACAGCUGGUUGUCGAAUCAGCCGAUCGUUGACGACGGCCGCAUACGUGUUCUGGAGAACGGUUCUCUCUACAUCACGAUGUUGCUACGGCAAGAUGUGGGCAAGUACAAAUGCACGGCGGUGAAUCCAAUCGCAAACGAGACCAUCUACGUGACAUUGCACAUGGACCCGGUAACCUUGCACAAUAUCAAGAUCUUCAGCAUCCUCGUCGGUGCGGUCAGUACUGCGGCGUUCCUUCUACUCACGCUGUUGGUGCAACUGCUGCGGUACUUAUUAUUGAAAUGCGGAUGUGCCAAGUGGUGCGUGUGCUGUAGACAUGUAGGAGCAACGCCGCGGGCAAAGCAAAUCUACCAAAUGCUCGAUAACAUUGAGCAGUACAAGAGUCAGCAGCUUGAAAGACUGAGGGAGAACUAUACGCAACAGGUGCACAGAAUUAAAGACAACUGCGCUCAGCAAGUGGAAUGGAUCCGCGACAGCUACGAAGGUCAAAUGCAGCAUAUACGGGAUAUACGGGAUUACGGUACCAGCCACCUGACUGCGUUGAGAGAUCAGUAUUAUGAUCAGGUGAAGAGAGUACGAGAUUACUCCACCAGCCAGUUAAACUGGGUGCGCGAGAAUUAUGUCUUCCAACGGAACAAAAUCCGUAAGUUCAGCGCUCAUCAGGUAUUGCGAUUGCGAGAGAGCUACAAGUACCAACAGCAGACGCUAGUCAAAGUGCUGGAGAAUUUGCCGAAUCUGUAUUUCGACAAUUGCCGGAGCGGCUCGUGUGGCAAAAGUAAUUCCAUGGUGUUCGAUCCUAGUAAGGACGAUCUCAGCGCCAUGGAUACGUAUUUCAAGGCGAAAAUUGAUGAUCUAACGGCAGGGAUGAGUCUGGAGGAUGUUAAUAGCGAAUAUUAUACGCCGACUGAGCUAUCGUCGGCCAGUCCAACUGGUCAAAAUAUGAUGGAUGGCAUUCAUAUUAACUACAUCGAAGAGACCGGUCCGCCACCGCCGCCUCCAGGACUCAUCUCGAUGUUAUCUACUUCGACGAUGCUACAAUGUAUUGAUGAGUAUGACAGCAUGUUAUCCGUGUGUAACAACUACGAAAACAGCAACAAGCCAAUUUUUAGAGGCCCAAAUAAUACAGACAUUCUGGCCAAAGAAUCGCGGAAAGAGAUUCCGGAAGUCCUGGGACUUCUAACAUCUAGUAACAGUCUACCUGAUCUUUCACGCGAGACUAAACUCUAGCCGACAGCUCGUUAAAGCAGUCACGAAUGGGUUCCUGCUAUCGUUUAAGUUAUCAGAAACAUAGAGAGAAACUGUUCUCGAAUAAUCGAUAAGAUGGAAUGGAAUGGAGGAAUAAUCGUUACUCUGUUCGAUAAGUGGGAAAUUUGUGUCUUCGAUAUCGAGAAGACUGCUCGAAGCUUCUUCCGGUUUUGAUUGUACGACUAAUUCGAGUAGAGUGUCCUAAAAGACAGUUCGAGAACUCGUGCAUUAGUGCCAAAAAAACGGAAGAUCCUUCUUCUGUCGAGAUCGAGACUGUCGAUUACAACAAGUGUGCGCGAGUGCUAACUUAGAAGAACAAAAAAAAAAAA